AUGCAAGUCUCCUCGCCGGUCCCUACCUCGACCUCGACAUCGACACUGAAUCCGCAGACCAUCGUAAGCACCUCCAAUGCAGCUUUGACCAUCGAUCCAGCUGCCCUUCUGGGUGGCAGCUUGAGCUCAUCCCCUGCAACAUCGGCACCAACAGCAGAUCUAUCAAUAUCAGCGGCUGGUGCAAAUAGUGGCACGCACGCCAUCGCUAGCACCAAUACCAUUAACAACUCGACCACAAACUCGAUAGCCGUCAAACAAGAGCCAGAUGACGAGCAUGCAUCGGCCCUAUCCGCACCUCAGCAUACCAUCAGCCUCACAAAGAUUGCAGGCGAUACUCGCUCGAAUCACAAGCCAUCAUCGGCAUCAGCAGCACCAAACCUCAGUGUGCAGAGUCAACCACAUGUCUCUGAUCAGCACAGCAACGAUCUCGGCGCCAAAGAUCAACUCAGCGACCAGCCUGCAUCGUUGGUCGAUGUAUUUCUGCAAAGUGACCACAAAGCCAUCCUUCGGCCCGACCUGUCUGCAUUUAUAGAUGCUCGAGAUGUUCUUCGUCGACUUUUACCGUAUCACGUCUGGAACAUUCCGCACCACGAUCUGCUCAAGGCGCUGGACCUGAAGGAAGACCCCGUUCUGAGCCAAGUCAGGUUGCGCAAACGUCGUCGCAUGGCACAUCUCAAUGCUCGCAAGACCCUCGCGCUCAGUACUACAGAUGCACCAGACGGAUCAACCCAAGCCUCGGAGACUUCUGUCCAGGUCGGCUCGCAAAUCGACAAUCACGACAACGUUGGGCUUAAUGAGCUGGGCCUUCCAACACCGCUGCCAGAGGUGCCACAGUCCGCGUUUCCGAGCCUCGAUUUUACCGAGUCUGUCUUUGCGCGCCGAAAUGCUCUCGCUUUACGCUUUCGAAAGACGCUUACCGCGCUCGACACUACCCACAAACGUGCGCCCAAUACUUCACUUGCGCUCGAACAUCUUGAAAGACUCGCGUAUAGCGACGAUCGAGAGCAGGUGCUGGCUCAAAUAGAAGAACUCAAGGCGCUCAAGGCCGAGCUCGAGACAUUGGAGGAGAAAAGGCAGAUCGACGUAGCCGAGUCAUCCGCCAGAAUCAGCCUCAGCUUUGGCAUCACCGACGAGAUUGAGCGCGAACGCGAAAAAGAACGCGAGUUAGAGAGGAUCAAGCGGCAACAAGAGAGGGCAGCUGCCAAAGCUGCCAAGCUUGAGAAGGAACGCGAGAACAGGCACCGUCUCGGCAUCUUUACCCCGCCACCAGAGCCAGAAAAGACGCCUGCUCCACCAUCGCCUGCUCCGGCAUCGGCAGCCACUCCAGCGCCACCAACACUACCCAUAGAUGUGUCUGGGCCAGGCGUUCCGCCAGAUACGGCGCUUGCUAUGCCAAGUCCACUUUCGGGUAACAGCGCACCAACGAGCGCACCUGGAGCUUAUUCUUUCCCUACUGGCACCAACCCUCUUCAUGCUGCAUCGAUGCCCAUGUCGCCGGCCGGGUCUAACGGCCUCCCAACUCCAUCGCCGCACCUUGGUCCGCCCAUGGUGUAUGCAUCUGUGCCAGGCGCGCCUUUCGGUCCAGCACCGCCGUUCGCCUCUACGUCUGCAAACCCGCCUACUGGGCCCAAUGGAGCUCCGCUGCCAUCAGGCAUGACGCCAAUGGGGGCUCCGACGUCUGCUCUCUUCAGGCCUUCCGUAGCACCGCAGGGAACGCCGUCGACUCCUGCAGCAACCCCCACCAAACCUCUUAGCAAGGCAAAAGCAAAGGCUGCUGCUGCUGCCGCUUCUGCCGGCGCAGCCAUCAUCCCAGGUACACCAGGCAAACCAGGAACUCCCAGUGCUCCAGGCGUAACACCAGGACCUACACCACAUCGAGGCAGAGGAAGGCCACGCAAGCAUCCGUUGCCAGGUACACCUGGUGGCCCGCCUGUUCCUGUUCCACGCAAGAAAAAGGAGAAGCCUGUCAAGCCACCUUCCGCGGCAGCGUCGGCACCAAGCACGCCAAGUGCACCAGGUGCAAUUGCCGUGUCGCAGCCUUCCCUGCCACCGAGCGCAGCAGUUCCAGGUCAACAGACGCAGUCGCCGCCACCUCCUUCUCCCGUGACACCAUCGAUACCCGAACCGUCACCGGGCCACUCUGGUGAGAUGAUUUCAUCUACGCUCCAGCCCACGAUUGCAAGCAUGCGACCACCGGCGAGCUCGCCUCCCAGCAAUGCAGUAUCAUCGAUCGCUGUUCGUCCGCCCACCAUGCAUCCGACUCUGACUAGCGCCACGAGCCUGAACACGCCGCGUGCCACACCUCGCGCCAAAUCUUCGCCCUCGCCUGCUCCUCAGGCUGCUCGUCCAGCCGCCGCAGCCAAAAAGACGCCAGCAAAGGCCAAUGGCACGAUCAAGCAGCCGGCCACGCAAGCAGCACGAGCAGCACCGGCACCUGCACCGACCCCUGCAGCACCAGCAGCGAGCGACGCUAACCCGUCCAUCCCAAACCAUCCCAUCCCGCUCCUCAUCCCGGUUGCAUCUCUUCCACGUCUGUCGGCAUUGGGCAUUCAGCCGACACCAAGCCCCCACAUUCGACCUGUGAUUGGGCGCGACGGCCAACCGCAGGGUCUGCAGGGUGCGCCUGUCGCCAUCGAUCCCGCCCAGAGCGUGCCGGCUGUUUUGCUGGGUAUCAGCGAAGGCACUGCAGAGGCGAGCGCGGAUGGCGUAUCGCCGGGUGGAAACCAGCAGAUCUUGCACAUCUCGGUGGUGUUGAGCAGGUUGAGUCCUUCGCAGCUGAGCGGGCUGGCGGUUCUGAUGCAGAGCCUGCAGGCUCAAGUUGAGGCUGGAAAACGCAAGUAG